AUUGUUAAAAUUUUCCCUACCUAGAAGUAUUAUCUUUUCAUAAUAUAGCUAGUUUUCUUGUAUUGGCUUCCCUAAGAUGAAAGAUGGUUUCAAGUUCCAGUAUGGUGUGCCUUAAAUUUAUCCUAUUCAGUAGAUGUCUGGAUGUAAGAGUUCUAUUAGCUUGAUAAGAGUGGAUGUGAAGUUGUUAGUUUCACUGGGCUAUUGAUUUAGAUGUCCUUGAACUAAUACUGCCAAUUACUGAUAGAGUAAUGGCUCUCUUUUGGAAGAACAUUUAUGAUAGGAAAUUAUGGAGAUUUUUUGCUAUUUGCCUUUGUUAUAAGUACUAUUUCAGGGUUGUCUGCUCCAUGGAAAAGGAGCCUGGUUACAUUAGACUGAUAGUGGUUGGAGAAGAAUUUAGUUUAAAACAUUAGUGUGUUCUGGUAUGGACACAUUCUUCAUAUUACUAGCUCAUUGUCAGAAAGAAAGAGAGCACCUUUUAGUUGUUUCUCUGGCAAAAAUUGUUUGGAUUAUCUGAUUGCAUUGGUGAUCAUAAGCUGGGUGCUGAUAAGAAUUAGUUCUGGAUCUUGCACGUGCUUACUGAUCUUAAGUUAGUAGCCCUGCAAUUGGUUAUUCUAUUCUUAACUCUGAAGAAAAAUAUUUGAAUUAUAGUGACUAUUGUGAUGCUGGGUACCGUGCUCUUCUAGAACUUUUGUUGCCUGAUAUUUGGUCAUUGCUGGAUUUCACUUCCUUUUUUUCCCACUUGACGUGGCUUUUGGUGAAGCAUUAGUCAUUCAGCUUCAGCAGCUUGUUUAAUUUUUCCCCGAUUCAUAUAGAGCAAAGUACUUUUGCUUUACGUGAUCAUGACAUUGCAGAACUCCAAAUUGGAAUCUGAAAAUGAGUCUGAAAUCAGCAGCAAAGUAGCAUCCAAUGUAUCUUUGCAAGAACCAUCGCCUGAUCCUUCCAAGGACAACAGCACCCCGGCUUCCUCUCUCACAGAACUUGCUAAGCUUCAAAAACAACAGGGUCCAAUACCAGUUUCCCUCGACCUAUCACUUACCUUUAACUCCAAUGACAUCAAGUUGAAAGGCACAGGUGAGACUAGCAAUGAAGUAGCUGCCCCUUCUCCAGCUGAAACCAUCCCCAGAGUUUUCACAUGCAAUUACUGCAGGCGCAAGUUCUACAGCUCACAGGCACUUGGUGGCCACCAAAAUGCGCAUAAGAGGGAACGAACAAUGGCUAAGCGUGCAAUGCGUAUGGGAAUAUUUUCAGAUAGGUACGCAAGCUUGGCAUCUCUGCCACUUCAAGGUUCUGCAUUUAGGUCCCUUGGGAUCAAAGCUCAUUCUGCAAUGCAUCAGAAUAUCAUACCAUCACAAAAGCCUCCAGGUACAAGAGGUGGAGCUAGAUUUGUGCAAGGCUAUUAUGGGAUGCCAGUAUUCAUGGAAGAUGAUGAUGUUAGCUUGCAUUGGCGUGGAAGUUUUAGGCAGGUGGGUGGAUCAAUUGGUGGUAACUCAGAGUUAGAGUUGGCUCAAUGUCCAAAUAUGAAUAUUGUAGGAAUGGCACCACAGCAAAGGACAGAUUCAUCUGCACCAGAUCUUACCUUGAAGCUCUGAAUUUUGUAUUUUCUUAUUGAAUUUAUGAUUUAGACAUGCUACUCAUAAUAAUCUUUGCUUUGUACAGUGAGAAAUGCAUUGGCAAGAGGGCUGAGAAUUAAUUUUCCUUUAGAACAA